UCAACAAGGGCUCCUUGGAAUGCUAGGAGUUGCUUGAGCAGGGUCCCUGUGAAAAGAUGGAAGAUGCUGUCACAAACUGGAGACUUUUUUAGCCCUUCCCAUCAGGCCGGUGUGCGGAAAUCAUGGCUGCGAGAGGAUCAAGAUCGUCAUCUUCCAUGAGCCUUGAGAACACAGAGGACAACCCACUGAGUGGCGAAUAUGUAGAGAAUGAACCAUACCAGUUUGACAGCUCCUCGGUGGAGAGUGUGACGGAAAAGAAAAAGGUUUCCUUCUCUUAUGAUGUGAUGAAAGCGAAAGAUGACGACCUAACUAGGGAAGAUCUGAAUGAGGAAUGGCAAACCAGUUUGAACGUAAGGAUGCUAUCAGAUGAGGCCGAAGAAGACCUGGUCCUUGGGGAAAGGGAUAGUGUGGCCUCCUCCCAAAAAGAAUCCUUGGUGGCCCCUCCCCCGUCCAGGGAGACAAUGGCACGUCCCUCCAAAGCCAUUUUUUUUGGCACCAGCCCAGUUCAGAGCGAGCUGGAAGAAGUGGAGGAUGCGGUCGAGAAGGUAUUUGGAUUCUACAAAUCUGUCUUUAGGGUGCCUUCUUUGGAAAGGGUAGAAAGCGAAUCCUCGCAAGAUACUUCUCUGGGAUGUAGAGACAGCCCACUUUCUUUUCCCUGGCCCUACUUCUGUGCCUCUAACGCCAGCCUGGCAUGCAGCAAUUCAUCAGAGGAUGCUUUUCUUGGCCGAGAGGUACUGGGAGAAACCAGCAUAGGUGAUUCCACAGUGGAAGAAACUGCCUUGAGUGAUACCGAAUUGGUAGCAGCUAUCAGUAGUCAGGAAAACAGAGUGUCCAUCCCGCAGAUCUUUGAACCAGAGCCGCAAGAGGUCCCCUCGGAGCCAGAAAUGGGAUUCACCGGAGCGCACAUUUUGACCUGCACAGUAUGUCAGCUGUUUGUCCGUACAGUGGACAGACUGCUCGAUCGAUCGGAGGAACUGAUGGACCAAUUCAUGCCCCUAACAGAGGAGGAGAUCGGCAAUCUGAAGCGUGCUGUUCAGGAGUUGGCCGGUACCACCACGGACCAGCAGGUGCAAUCCUGCAUCACGAGAAUCAGCAAUCUCUCCUCGCAGCUCCGCCAACGCGCCUACAUGCUGGCCUUGAGCAAGCUGCGUCUGGCAAGGCAGAGCACCCAUGAAAGCCUGGCUCAGUUGCAGACGACAAUAAGCCUGAUUGAUAAUGUGCAGCACGGGGAUCCAAGACUGAUAGGUAAAAGCCAAGAGAGACUGCACGAUAUGUGUGCCGAGUGGGCCCAGAAGCGGGACUCCCUUGAGGGGGAGGAGGAGGAGGAGGAGGAGGAGGAGGAGGAGGAGGAGGCUGAGGAGCAAGUUCUCAUUGUAUGCGACGAGAGAGAGGAAGUGGAAAUACGUUGUCCCCAGGACAAUGGCAUAGAAGAAGUCUGCACACCUGUCCCUCAGGAGUCCUGGGAAGUGGAAGUGGCUCCCCCUCCAGAGUGCUGGGAAGUGGAAGUGGUUUGCCCUCCGGAAUGUGAGGAAGUGCAAUUGCCUCCCGCUCCGGAGUGCGAGGAAGUACAAUUGCCUCCCGCUCCAGAGUGUGAGGAAGUGGAAUUGCCUCCCACUCAGGUCAAGGAAGAGCCUCCCGCUCCGGUCGAGGAAGAGCCUCCCGCUCCAGUCGAGGAAGAGCCUCCCGCUCCAGUCGAGGAAGAGCCCCCAGCUCCAGUCGAGGAAGAGCCCCCAGCUCCAGUCGAGGAAGAGCCCCCAGCUCCAGUCGAGGAAGAGCUUCCUGCUCCAGUCGAAGAGCCCCCCGCUCCGGUCGAGGAAGAGCCCCCCGCUCCGGUCGAGGAAGAGCCCCCCGCUCCGGUCGAGGAAGAGCCCCCCGCUCCGGUCGAGGAAGAGCCUCCCGCUCCGGUCGAGGAAGAGCCCCCCGCGCCAGUCGAGGAAGAGCCCCCCGCGCCAGUCGUCGAGGAAGAGCCCCCCGCGCCAGUCGUCGAGGAAGAGCCCCCCACGCCAGUCGUCGAGGAAGUGCCCCCCGCUCCGGUUGUCGAGGAAGAGCCCCCCGCGCCAGUCGUCGAGGAAGUGCCCCCCGCUCCGGUCGUUGUGGAAGUGGAAGCCAAGGCCCCUCCCCGUGAGAACCUCUGCAAGGAAGAGAUGGAGAUGUUUCCCAGGGAGGCCAGUGAGGAAAAGGAGACCAAGAAGCCUCCUCAACGAGAGUACCACCACAGAGAUGUGGCUCACAUCACUCUGACAUCACCUGGCUGCGAUGAAGACAGCUUUUCUCGCCCCCUCCCAGAAGUCAGAUUUGCUGGCUCCCGCCCAGAGGUCACAUUUGCUGGUCUCCCCAAAGAUGAUGACGUGCCCCGUCCCCGUAUGGCCAAAAGCCGCUCAAAAAAUUGGAAUACGGAAACCAUGACUCUGGAAAUGUCCCGGAACUUGCUGCACCACCUCCGGGACAUGUACGAAGGCCUCAUGGGCAACCUGAAGGACCUGCCAGCCAGCCUCAGAAACAAGUUCCAUGGAACCUGUGAGCGCUUGGGCGAGCUCCACGCCAGCUUUGCCACGGCCAACAAAUUCGGGGACUUGCCUACCAGUCUUCUACGCCGGAGCCUGAACAUCAUGUCCGAAGCCCAGGACACCAUGGACGACUUGAUGGACUACGUUUUCCAGAACCCUACCAGCUUGUGUUUUAAGGAAAUGGAGGUCGCAGGACCUGCUCUGGUCAAGGAGGAGGAGGAGAAGAAGGAAGCAGGGCCGGCUCCCAGCAAAGAGGAGGAGAAGGAGGAGAAGAAAAAGAAGGAGGAGGAGGAGGAGGAAGAGGUGGAGAAGGAGAAAGACAUAUUGAGAAUUCUGCAGGUCUACGACCCACAAGGUUGUAAGGAAGACGACACAUAGGUGAAGGCUGUGUUGGUAGGCUAGGAUGCACCAUGGGCCAUACCAUGCCAAGUGGCCUGAAACCCCCCUUCCCAAAUAGUGAAUUUCACUUUAAAAACAAAAA